GAGCAGUUGUGUUAUCUAGUGUUUAACAUGUUAGAAUAAGAUGGCCUAUUCGCAGUUAAAUAUCCGAGCCCAUUCGGAAUAUCGUCUCAUCUCUUUCUCACAGAUGGCGGUUCGCAUGGGUUCGUUAAGUCGCCGCCACGCGCGCCUGUUCGUUGUUGCACAUCGACGUCAACCGCUUUCAGUGCUAUAGCGCGUUCCUCCGCGCUAUAUCUACAUAACCUAAAAAUUUACAAAUUAUUCAUAUUUUCACUGUUGAUAUAUUUAAUACUCAUGAUUACCUCGAGUUUAUAAAAGUUGUGGUGUGGAGUUAACGCCCAGUCGAGUGGCGUUCGUUGAGUGUAUUUUUGUGAAACCCAAAGUAAAUAUAAACGGCAAGCUGUGGGGUUCAGGGGCCUUUUUUUUGCCGCCGCAGGGGAUGUACUAUCCUGUGAGUAACGGCAAUGUCAUCGAUACAGGAACACCUACCUUACUGCACAUGGUGGGCACGGGGAUGGCGGCCCCGUUCCCGGCGGCGGCGGCGGCUGCGGCAGCUGCGGCGCAGUUCGCAGCCAACGGGGACCUCACCGGAGUGAAGGCGGAGAGCGGUCCCACUGCACCGCCACAACCCGCACACGUCAAAAGUGAAGGCCCACCUUCACAAGCGCCUCUUCCACCCAAUAAUUUCUCACCGCAGCCAUCUUCGCAGGCACAUACACAAAAUGCACUAGAAAAUCAAAACAAUAAUUCACAAAGCGAGGGCGAGUCGAACGAGGAGAGCACGCCUGUGAGCGUGGCGGCGGCCGUGGCGCAGCAGGCGGCGGCGGCGCACGCGGCGGCGGCGGCCGUGAGCGCGGCCGUGGCCGCCGGCGCCGCGCCGCCUGCGCCGCCCGACAAGACCCUCGUGCCCGUCUCGCAGGCCUCGCAGCCCAAGCGACUCCAUGUCUCCAAUAUCCCCUUCAGAUUCAGAGAUCCAGACCUUAGAAAUAUGUUCGGGCAAUAUGGCACAAUACUUGAUGUAGAAAUUAUCUUCAACGAACGAGGCUCAAAGGGAUUCGGUUUUGUAACAUUCGCAAAUAGUGGUGAUGCGGAGCGAGCACGAGAGCGUCUACACGGCACCGUGGUUGAGGGCAGAAAGAUAGAGGUUAAUAACGCUACAGCGAGGGUGCAGACAAAGAAAUCGCCCGCGGUUCCCAACGUGUGUGUCCAGUGGCCCGAAGCUCCCGCGGCGGCGUUGCGCGGCGCGGCCAUGCUGCGCGGGCGCUCCCCGCGCCCCUCCGCCGCCGCGCCGGCGCACCCCCACCCCCUCCAACCCGCCGUGAUGCCUCGCGCUGCCGCAUACGCCUCGCCGUUGCACGCCUACGCACCUGUGUAUUACGACCCGUUCUUAGCUGCAGCUGCAACUGCGGACUCCAACUACAGACUCCAGGCGGCGAAGCCCGCAGCCGAGGCCGCAGCGGCGGCGGCGGCGGCGGCGGCGCCCCUGCUCAAGUCCCCGCUGACGUCGGCGCAGCACGCGGCGGCGGCGGCGGCGGCGGCCAACUACGGCGCCGCCGCGCGCGCCGCCGCCGCCGCCGCCAGCGCGCCCGCGCCCGCCGCGCUCGCGCCCCUCGCCGCCACGUAUGGAAGGGAGUAUGCAGACCCGUAUUUAGGCCACGGUAUUGGACCAGUGACGGGAUACGGGACUGCAGUCUACAGAAGCGGAUACAACAGAUUCGCGCCAUACUAAGCCAGUGGAACAAAGUAGGAUUUUAUUACUCGAAUAUAAAAACUUCGUCAUCUUUACGUAACAUGACAAUGAACUCUCUUUGUAAACGUACAAAAGUUAAUUAUAGGUAUCAGUAAUAAUAGUGCUAGCCGAGUACUGUCUAAGUAAGCUUGGAUAGCAGUCGUCAGGAGUCCAACUCGGCCCCUCGGGCCAGGAACUUAUAAAUACCAAAGUCAUUAAAAUUUCUAACAGAAAUAGUUUAUUAAGUAAAACUGUAUUGUAAAUUACGUGAGAAAUGCAUAUACAAGUGCGAGCAGCUAACGGAAAUGCAUUCGUUCUUAGAUACUUGUAAGAGUUACACAAUAUUGACCGGCGUGUUGUCGAUGUACGGUCCCUUAGAGUAGUUGUUACAUUCAUACUCUUGACAAUAGACAGAUUCAUGUAACGAUAUAUUUAGUGAGCUUUGCACUUGCAUAUCAUAUGAAAAAUGUAAAUAUGGAAUUCGAACACGUUUUACUAAUUUUACAACAUACUUUUAAUUUAAUAAAUCAUUAUUUUAACGCUUCCACUACGUGUAGUUCGCCGGGAAACAAUUAUAAUGAACUGGUUAGUAACUAACUAGAAACUCGCGGUAAACUAGUUGGAAACGGUGUGCUAUCCCCUAAAUUUCUUUUACCGUGAAAUGUUAUUUUUGAUACUGUGUUUUAUUUUAUCUGUAUUUUAUACGUAUACUCCUACAUUAUAGAUCGUUUGUAUUCGACGCAGGGAUACAUUUGAAUUCCUCCUACAUAGUUUCGGUAUGUAGUUAGUCGUUUUGUAGAAUAUUUUAAUAAUAUAUACAAUGUGGUGCGUAUAGAUAGUGGUGCCAUUUGCUCGGUUGUUAUUUACACGUAUAUUUUUCAAUUGUUACCUUCUACAUUUUGAUCGUAACCCCUAAUGUAAUUAAAGACGGAUUUUGAGUAUCGUUUGGAUCUUUUUGCAUAUAUCGUCAACAUAGAUUUCGUACACAUUCAUAUAAUAUUGAACCUAAAUGAAUUAAACGAAUUAGUGCGUCAUUUAUUCGAUUCGACGCGUUUAUUUUAUUGCGCCGCGCUUCCCACUACAAAGUCCAAGCGAUACUCUACAAAUAAAUAAGUGUUCAUUUCAGUCACGCUGUACACUUCGCUGUCGUUUAUAGAAUAAUUGAAAUAUUUACUUUGCAGUCCCUGUAGUGGACCGAGUCGUUUGUCGGUCGUUAGUUGUAAUGUCUAAGUUAACUGGAAGGUAGGCGAGUAAUGCUUUAGAUGUAGUGUUUAAGUAAAGAGUACUCUCUGGAGUUCUACAUAUCACUGAGAUUUCUCCUUGUAAUUAUGUUUAAUACUACUUCUACUGUAUCUAAAUUUACAGUGUUAUCUGAUAAACCUUCAUUUUAUGGAACAAAUAUGCGUACGGGUCCAACCCUUUAGGAAUCGUAAUGUUUAGAUCUAACGUUUGCAUUAGGAUUGUAAAAUAUUGUAACCAUCUAUGGAUUCGCUCAACGUUUAUACCAAAGCACAAAAACCCAUCGAUUCAUACGUUCGCGGAGCUUUGCAUGUCAUUCAUUUAUUCUCAUUAGAUUUAAUAGUCUUUCAGUUAGAAAAACUUAAAAAAUCUACAAGUUGUGCACGUAAUUCGUAAUAGAAACUCUCAACUAUUAGUUCACUUCCGUUUUACCGCCACACAGAUCUGAUUUCAAGUACGCCGUCACAAAAUUGUGCUUGCGAAGGGAUUAUAGAUGACCGUAGACUGUCGUUACUUCAACGUAUGAACAAUUACUGUGCAUUUCUUUAUGAUUUACGGUGUGUACGUUGCCCGUUGCCACGCGUCCGAAACACACCGGUAUACGUUUCAAGUCAUAAGAUAGCGCAGUGCCGUCUGCAUUAAUAGCUUUAAUUACGUACAUGAUGAAGACGAGCCGCUCACUUGUACAUUAAGACAAAAGGUUCAAAGGAAAAUUUGCGGUUUCUAAUUACGUCCGUUUAGAAUUUCUAGUCGUUUCGCGCACAAUCGUAUAGGUUUAAAGGUGCUCGCGUUGCUCCUACUGGUUUUAUGUGAUAACUGCGAAGUACACUUUUGGUAUAUCUGAAUUAUAAACUGUAAGUUAAUAUUCUCUGUACAAGUUCUAUGUGUCAUAUUUUCUGAUUGCCGACUUGGCAUACUUCACUCACCUAGUAGUGCCACUGGCUUUACGUUUAGGCUUAAAUUUAUUAUUAUACGUUACUGUAGUCAUGUUGCAGCUUCGAACAAUACUGUGCUUUAUCGCUAAAUACUCAUGUAUGAAUGUUUAUCUUUAAGGUUUUAGUUUUAUACUUUACUGAUUUUUUAGAUUUUUUAUGCAAUUUUGUACCUAAGUACAGUUACAAGUACACGUGAAUCUUAUCGAUGAUUAUGAUUUUAUAUAUAUUUCUUAGUAAACAAUGUCACAAAUAUCUGUGUUGAAUCGUUUUUGUAAUGCAAGUACACAUAGCGCAUUUUGGACGAGAUACAAAUUUAGUUUUAAGGAAGGAGCUCUCUGGCGAUGCCGGCCCAAAAGUCGCCACGUGUACUUGAUCUCUCUUUAUCUCUCUAAAUCAAUGCUGAUUUUAUGAUUUUAUUUAACUUUUAUAGAUGAUUUUGAUGAAAUUAAAGUAUAAAUUAAAAUAUACGAAAUGAAUUAUUUAAGAUUUUAGGUGUUUCAUAUUCUAAGCCAAAUUGUUACUCGGAGAAAAAUCUGAAUUUAAAUGACAUAUCUGACAAAAUGGUUAGUGUGCUACAAUAAGGUUUUGAAAAGAAAUCAUCAAGAUCAAUGUAUUAUAAUAUAAUAAUCGUUAAAUUAAGGAUAAUAUUAUGUAUUUUGUAUCAACGAUUGUUUCUCGUUUUUUAAGAGAUGUUAAAUCAAAUCGGAACCGUUCAUUCGAUACCGCUGUGCACAAACCGACCCGUGGCUUCCCGUCGGCCUCAUAUCAGUAGUCGUCAGCCACGCUGUACAUAUGUUAUCGGCGACGCCGCCGCAUGUUGCGCGAAUUAUUGUUAACUUAGCGAGUUCAUAAGUAUCACUUGUUCGUCAAUUGCACUCGUCGACGCUAUUCAGAUAGUGUAGUUUACUCAGAUGUUAGCAGGGUUGAUAUUGACGCCUUCGUGUCCAAGUAUCUGAUGUAAUUGUUGAGGUCGCGGACGUGUCACGCCGGCACGGUCGCGCCCGACGCUCGUACGCCCUGUGCGUCUCGUGUGCGUAACGCGAUUUGCCCGCCUGACCUCGUUGGUGUACUCAUCCAAGGCGGCCAGUCGACCCGCCGCUGCGUGCGUCUCCCGCGGCGGCUCGACCGGCCGUCGCGCGCGUUACGCGCUGCGAGCCGCACGCGUCGCGCGGCCUGCGGCCUGGCCGGCGUUACUGAAUAGAUACUAAUUACCGUGCUCAAUUUCCGUAUCUGUAUGUUGUACGUAUAAUGUUAAAACUUAAACGUUUUAAAGUUUUUUAAUAUACCUUAAAACUUACGUUCGUUAUACCUAAUGGUUGUCUUCCGUUUGGCACAUUUUAUAGAGUCGAUGCACAUUUUAAUCUAGCGCGGAAGCUCAGAGCCGACCGUUGUGCGGUUUUUUGUUGUCGAAUGUUAUCGAGCCGAGUGCACAGCGAUCCUUCUCGUGCGAUUUGUGAUAAAGUAAUAAAUAGAUUUUUUGUGUGGCAAUUUUAUCAUAGAUUGCAGAGCUGAUUUUCUCUCCUAUUGUAAAUAUAUAUUUUUUUCAAAUGGGAAAUGUUGAAUGAAGUAAAUCAUUUAAAGCCUUUGGCAUUGUGUACUCAUUUACGUUAUUAAUAAAUUAUAGUAUGAAUUUAAA